AUGCCGCCAUCACACAUCUCAGGCACAUCCCGCGCCCUCUACCGCGUCUUCGUCGCACCCACCCUCCGCGCCCCAACCUCAAUCCCCCUGCUCUGGGCCCCAGCAUUCGCACACUCGCCCUCUCCAACCCCAAGCCUCGCCUCGCACACCACCAUACGCACCAAGACCUACGUCAAAGAUGUCGCCCGCCACGCCCUCUCCGACCACUACGUGCUGGACGGCGCAAUCCGCUCGAAGCGUAUAAACUUCGUCGACGAGAGCGGCACCUUCAACCCCGGCAUGCCCCUCGCCGACGCCCUUUCCCGCGUAAAUAGAGUAACGCACUACCUCGUGCAGAUGACGCCCGGCAAAGUCGACGAAUUCGGCAACCAAGACCCCAACGACCUGCCUACAUGCCGCGUCAUGAGCAAGAUAGCCCUCCGCGAACAACACGAGAAGAAACUCGAUCUGGCGCGCAGACAGGCGAAAGGGCUGGGCGCGGGGCCGGCGCCGAAGAAUAUGGAAUUCAGCUGGGCGAUUGCGGGUGGGGAUUUGAAGCACCGGUUGAGCAAAUUGAAGGAGUUUUUGGGCGACGGGAGGAAGGUGGAAGUGUUGAUGGCGCCGAAGAAAAAGGGCAGGACGGCAACGGAGGACGAGGCGAGUGGUGUUAUAGCGGCGGUCAGGCGCGCGGUCGAGGAGGUCAAGGGCGCGAAGGAAGUGAAGAGCGAGGGAGAGGUGGGGGGCAUUAUGAUGCUCACGAUUGAGGGGCCGAAGAAAAAGAGACAAAAGGACUCUAAGAAGGAAAAGUCGAGCGAAGAGGAAGCGGCGGAAGCGCCGUGA